UCAUUAAAAAUGGGGAAGAUUGUGUUCUUUGAGGAUAAGGAUUUCCAAGGCCGGAGCUACGAAUGCAGUAGCGAUUGCCCUGACCUGCACACCUACUUCAGCCGCUGCAACUCCAUUAGGGUGGAGAGCGGCUGCUGGGUGCUGUACGAGCGUCCCAACUACACCGGCUACCAGUAUAUCCUGACCCCAGGGGAAUACCCUGACCACCAGCAGUGGAUGGGCUUCAAUGACAGCAUCAAAUCAUGUCGCGCUAUCAAAAAUGUCUACGGUAAUACCUGGAAGAUCAGGUUCUACGAAAGAAAGGAUUUCGGAGGCCAGAUGGCAGAGUGGACCGAGGACUGCCCAUCUGUGCUUGAGGCCUUUAAGUUUCGCGAGGUCCACUCCUGCGUGGUGAUGGAUGGCGCGUGGGCCGUCUAUGAGCAGCCCAACUACCGCGGCCGCCAGUACUUCCUGGAGCGUGGAGAGUACCGCAACUACACGGACUGGGGUGCCAUCGCCCCAGCCAUGGGAUCAUUCCGCAGGAUCACAGAGUUCUAG